AGGAGAAACUACCAGAGUUUGGAUGUGUUAUCCCAUCAUAAUUUUGCUGCAAUUUUGCCGGGAGAUUCAGUGGCGGGAAUAGUGGUUACGAAUGGGAUUUUGAGUUUCUUGAACAUUUACAACACAUUGUUGGUUGUGAGGCUAGUUUUAACUUGGUUUCCAAAUGCUCCUCCAGCAGUUGUCAGCCCCCUCAGCACAUUAUGUGAUCCAUACUUGAAUAUAUUCCGGGGCAUCAUUCCACCACUCGGAGGGACACUUGACCUUUCACCUAUAUUGGCAUUUCUUGUUUUAAAUGUCUUUACCAGCACUGCUUCUGCGCUCCCAGCCGAACUUCCAUCCUCAGGACUUCAUCAGAACGUUUCAUCUCACGCAACAGCAUCAUCUCACCUUACGACAUCACAGGAGAAAUGGAUGAGAAGGCUUGGUCGGAACAAGUCAAAAAUAUCCGCUGCUGGUGGAAAUUAACUUGUUUUUCUCGCAUUGCCUCUGUGAUACUUAACCCAAAACACAUGCUUGAUAUGUCUACUUUCGAGUGUAAAUUCAUUUGGCAUCAAUAAGGUAGCUCUAUGUAUGAUUUAUCGAUAUGUCUAUGUCCAAGUACAACCAUGAACGAUACGGUCUGUGGGUACAUAUGCAUCUAAGAUCUAAUACAUUGUUAUUUCUCCAUUUUAA